ACUAAGUCACUUUGAGCUUAAGUUGGAGAAUAAACAAGAAGAAGAUUCGUGUAAUAUCAAAAAGAUUGUCGUAAUGUAUAGCGUAAGUAAUAACUUACUAAGAUUGCGUCAGUUGCAUACGGUAUUUCAAGAGUUGGCUUUUAAGCCACUUGAAACUCCAUUGAAAACGUGGAUGCAGAAUGUAAGUUUAAUUACGCGAAAUCUGCAUACAACUAAACACCUUGAAUCACCAAGUAAGCGUACAAAAAUUGAGCUAAAACGACGAUUAAAAGCCGAGCAGAAAGCCAAGGAAAAAGCAGAAAAAGAAGCGCAAAAAGCAGCGGCGGCCAGUACUAAUAAUGACAACAAUGCGACAAAAAAGAAGUCGGCAGGCGCUUUAGAGGAAGAAAUUUCGCCAAACGAAUAUUUCAAACUACGCUCGGCUGCCGUGAUCGAUCUGAAGAAAUCGCCAGAAACGCAUCCGUACCCUCACAAAUUCCACGUUAGUAUCUCCUUAGAAGAUUUCAUCAAUAAAUACGAGAGUCUCAAAGAGGGCGAAAUGUUAGAAGACGUUUCCCUGAGUGUUUCUGGGCGCGUGCAUGCGAUACGAGAAUCUGGCGUAAAAUUAAUAUUCUACGAUUUGCGUGGAGAGGGCGUUAAGUUGCAAGUAAUGGCAAAUGCCAAAUUGUAUCAUACCGAAAGUGCUUUCGAACCGGAUACAUCCAAGAUAAGGCGUGGCGAUAUAAUCGGUAUUAAUGGUUACCCAGGCAAAACCAAGAAGGGCGAACUUUCAGUUGUGCCAAAAGAGAUAAAACUACUUUCACCAUGUUUGCAUAUGUUGCCACAUUUGCAUUACGGCCUCAAGGAUAAAGAGACACGUUAUCGGCAAAGAUAUUUAGAUUUGAUUAUGAAUCCAAAAGUGCGGGAAACUUUCCAAAUUAGAGCUAAUAUCGUGUCAUAUGUUCGACAAUUUUUGGAUCGCAUGGGCUUCCUCGAGGUGGAAACUCCUAUGAUGAAUAUGAUUCCUGGUGGCGCAACCGCAAAACCCUUCGUCACACAUCACAAUGACUUAAAUAUGGAUUUGUAUAUGCGCGUUGCUCCUGAAUUGUACCAUAAAAUGCUUGUUGUCGGUGGCUUGGAUCGAGUCUACGAAAUCGGCCGUCAAUUCCGGAAUGAGGGCAUCGAUUUAACGCAUAACCCAGAAUUUACAACAUGUGAAUUCUAUAUGGCUUAUGCUGAUUUUAACGAUCUUAUCGAGAUCACAGAGAAAAUGGUUUCAGGCAUGGUGAAAGCCAUCCAUGGCACUUAUAAAAUUAAAUACCAUCCCGAUGGUCCUGAAGGGCCAGAAGAAGAAAUUGAUUUUACACCACCAUUCAAACGAGUUUCGAUGAUAAAAACAUUGGAAGAAAAAUUAAAUGUCAAAUUUCCACCAGCUACAGAGUUUAGUAGGAAAGAAACAACUGAAUUCCUUUCACAGCUCUGCGUCAAGCAUGAAAUUGAAUGCCCUGCACCAAGAACAACGGCACGUCUGCUCGAUAAACUUGUUGGUGAAUUUAUUGAAGAGACCUGCAUAAAUCCCACGUUUAUAUGUGAGCAUCCGCAAAUAAUGUCACCACUAGCCAAGUAUCAUCGCAGCGAGCCCGGGUUGACAGAACGUUUUGAAUUAUUCGUCAUGAAGAAGGAAGUGUGUAAUGCGUAUACCGAGUUGAAUGAUCCGAUGGUGCAGCGUGAACGAUUUGCGCAACAGGCCAGCGAUAAAGCAGCAGGCGAUGAUGAGGCUCAACUAAUCGAUGAGAAUUUCUGUACAGCGCUGGAGUAUGGUCUACCACCAACUGGUGGCUGGGGCUUGGGUAUCGAUCGCUUAACUAUGUUCCUCACAGAUACCAAUAACAUUAAGGAAGUACUAUUCUUCCCCGCUAUGAAGCCAGAGGAGGCUAAUCGCACACAACCACCUAGCGAAGGCAACCAUAUAACUGAUACAAAAAAUUGAAUUCAUUAAAGUGGACGGCAUUGCAACUUGAUAAUUAGCGAAAAAAGAAACUGUUGUGAAUGAAUGUUUGGCAACAUUAAUAAGGGAUUCACACAGAUAAUUCUCAAAAAAUAAAUAUAUUUAUUUGACUUUUUAA